ACAUGCAAAUUCUUUUGUGUGAGCAGUACGCGAACGAUCUGUGUCUGUAAAUUGGGUUUCAUAUCUUUGAAAAAUACCACGUCAUUUGAAUGCCUGGAUGGGAACGUGUUUUUCUUAAGCGUAAUUAGUAUAUGAUCUUGACAGAUAUUGAUUUUUUAAAAGGAGAUGUCAAAUAAAUAUCUCAGCAUCAGUGAAAAUAUCGUUGGCUAAUUUUUUCUUAAAACCAAAAUGGCGCUUAUAGUCGCGAGACCAAAAUGUGUCAGAUGAGUUAGCUUUCAUCUGGUCACCAUUCUGGCAAUUGAGACAGGCUGGCCAGUGUGGUGUGGUACCAGUACAUAUAUAAUCAGCUACUAUGGCCAGUCUCACAGGAGCUUUCUCUCGAAAGCGGGUAAAGCUAGAAGUUGUUCCGCCUGCUGAUGAAGAAAUUUCUUCAAAGCGACAGCUGAUUUUGGAUGAACAAUAUGCAAAAAUACUGGAAGUUAAGGAGGCCUACUAUGACCACCUGACUGAAAGCUUUUUCCUGCAACAUGGCGGCCAGAUGAUGGAUUAUGAGGGUUGGCGCAAAAAGCAGACACCUGAGCUGGUUGCUUAUCUAAAGGCUGGUCUUCUGGACAGUGAUGAUGAGGAUGAAAACCCCUUGAAAUACCUCAAGGAUCUUAAGUCCAGUGAAGAGGUGAAAACUGAGCCUUCCUCCUUCAGCACAUCACAGGCAGGUCAAGAAGAUGGCACUACUUUGUCUCCGCCUGGGAUUCAUAGAUCAUACUCGGACUCUCGAAUGGGUUUCUUGUCCAUCAAGUCAACUUCACAAAGUUCCAGUACAAAGAAGUCUAUCUCCCCUGUAAGCCUGAAACAACACAGCUAUGAUGGCACAGUUAUUAAAGGAAUUUCAUCACAAGAAGCCAUUGUAGAAAGAGCCAAACAGGAGGCCCAGGUAAUGAGCCGCAUAGCAGAAUUGCGUAAGGAAGGUCUCUGGUCAUCCCGAAGGCUGCCCAAGGUCCAAGAGCCUCCACGACCCAAGGCACACUGGGACUAUCUGCUGGAAGAGAUGCAGUGGCUAGCUGCUGAUUUUCAUCAGGAGCGCAAGUGGAAGAAGAUUUGCGCUAGAAAGAUUGCCAAGAUGGUACAGAAAUAUUUCCAAGAUAUUGAACAGAAAGAGCAGAAGGCAGAGAAAGAGGAAGGUAUGCGGUUGAAGCGCAUCGCCUCAAACAUGGCCAAGAUGAUCAAAGAGUUCUGGACCAAUAUUGAAAAGGUUGUGCAAUACAAACAAAACAGUCGCCUGGAUGAGAAAAGGAAGAAGGCUAUGGAUGUGCACCUUAACUUCAUUGUGAACCAGACCGAGCAGUACUCUACAUGGCUGACUGAGGGUCUCACCAACAGCUCCAAUACCACACCUGACCCUUCCGUGGUGGGAGAUGAUGAGUUUAAGCCUGAAGACAGUGAGUCUGAUGAUGAGGAAACCAUUGAAAAGGAUGAGCAAGGCAUGAAUGAGGCGAAAACCAUGGAUGAAGUUGCAGCUCUGCAAAAAGAAAGUGAACUGCCAAUUGAAGAAUUGAUAGACAGUCUACCAAAAGAAAUUCUAGAACAACCUGCUAGCAUUCACUCCGAGUCUGAAGAUGAACAAAAUGAAAGCAAGGGAGAGGAUGAAGAAUUUGCUGUAGAAGAAAGUGACAGUGAUGUUGAAGAAACAAUAGAGGAACAAGAGAAACAGGAAGAAAAGGAUUACAAAGAAGAACUUGAUGAUCUUAAAAAUGAAGGGGAGCUGGAUAUUGAAUUGCUGCGAGCCAAGUAUUCCGGGGCCUAUGAAGAAGGGUUUGAGAUGCCUGCAGACAGUGAAGAGGAAUCUACAGAGGUCGAGGAUUCUGAUGAGGAAUCAGUUGAGGAGUCGGAAGAUGAGGAAGAGGAGAUGGGGGAUGAUGAUACUGAGAUGGGCCUUGAAGCAUUAGUACCAGAAGAUGAAACAAAGUCGAACAAAGUGCAAAAGGAGGAUGAGGAGGGUCCUGGCCAGGACCUGACUGACAUAGCAGCUGAAGCAGAGAGCCUUCAACCAAAGGGAUACACAUUGCAAACCACAGAGGUGAAAACUGAAGUGCCAUUCCUUUUACGGGGCACAUUGCGAGAAUAUCAGCAUGUGGGUCUGAACUGGCUGGCAACGAUGUAUGAGAAGCGGCUCAAUGGAAUCCUGGCUGAUGAAAUGGGCUUAGGGAAGACAAUCCAGACCAUAGCAUUACUGGCUCACCUUGCCUGUGAAAAAGGGAUCUGGGGCCCUCAUUUAAUUGUUGUGCCCACCAGUGUGAUGUUGAACUGGGAGAUGGAGUGCAAGAGAUGGUGCCCGUCCUUCAAGAUCCUCACAUACUAUGGCAGUCAGAAGGAGAGGAAACUGAAGAGACAGGGCUGGACCAAGACCAAUGCAUUCCAUAUUUGUAUUACAUCCUAUAAGCUUGUGAUACAGGAUCACUCGUCCUUCAGAAGGAAGAAGUGGAAGUACUUGAUUCUUGAUGAGGCUCAAAACAUUAAGAACUUCAAGUCGCAGAGAUGGCAGUGCCUGCUGAACUUCAACAGUAUGCGUAGGUUGCUGUUGACAGGGACCCCCCUGCAGAACAGUUUAAUGGAGUUAUGGUCCUUAAUGCAUUUCCUGAUGCCCCAUGUGUUCCAGUCUCACAAAGACUUCAAGGAGUGGUUUGCCAAUCCACUUACUGGAAUGAUAGAAGGAAGCCACGAGUACAAUGAGAAUCUCAUACGAAGGCUACACAAGGUGUUGCGUCCCUUCCUACUAAGACGUCUGAAGGAUGACGUGGAGAAGCAGAUGCCCAAGAAGUACGAGCAUGUUGUCAUGUGCCACCUCUCCAAGAGACAAAGGUUCCUCUAUGACGAGUUCAUGGCUCAGGGAAAGACGAAGGAGACGUUGGCCUCCGGCCAUUUUAUGAGCGUCAUCAACAUUCUGAUGCAGCUGCGUAAGGUGUGCAACCAUCCCAGUUUGUUUGACCCCAGACCUAUCAUCUCCCCUUUCCAGAUGGAGGGCUUAGUGUACCACACUGCCUCACUGGUUCUGCAGGUCCUGGAGUAUGAUCCAUUCAAGAAUAUUGAGCUGCAUAAGUACCCGGGCCUUGCUGAGAUGGAGCAGGAUCUGCCAGCCUUCAUUGCGCAUCGCGUGAGGAAGCUGCAGACAGGCUGUCGACUCAUAGAGGAGAUAGACAUCCAGCCCUCACCCACCCCCAGACCUGCACCGGGAAAACUGAAACAAAAUACUAUUAGAUCUGUAUCUCCUGCACAGCAGCCUGGCCUGGCGUCCCCAUCUGUCCCUAGUGGAGCAGAGUCCUCCGCUGUUGUACACUCCAUGCCUGUCAGUACCGCACAGACCCCUUUACAGUCUGCAGUGCUUUCAGCAUCUGGUGAAACUAAUGGAUGUGCUGUGCCCACUUCUCAGCCAAUCAGUGUGCACAUUCAGCAGACUGAGCUAGGGGCCAGGCUUGUUGUUCCAUCUAGUCAACUUGCACAAUUGCCAGGUUUCAUCCAGCUGGUUCAGACAUCUGCAGGACAGACUGUUUCAAUUACAAACACGCUGUCUAAUACAGCUAUCGUGAAUGGCAGUCCAGUGGUGACGAUGGCAAGCUCCAGUCUGAAGACUGUAGUAUCGAGCACUGUGAGCCAGGUGAAAAUGUCCUCUGGCAUACAGGCCGGGGUCCAGUCAUUUGUACACCUACCAGCAUGGAAUGGGAGCCAGCCUCAAAAACCAGUCUUGAGGGUGUCACCACUCUCUGCACAGCACUCCACAAGUGCAGAGGGACUGGUCUUCUCAACAGCAUUUGGGGCCUCCAGCACCAAGCUUGUGAUGUCCACUGCUGGCAAACCAAUCACAUGUAGCGUACAGAUGUCACAAUAUUUAGACAACAAAAGGAAGCAUCACAGCAAACACGAUUAUUUUUUGGAUGACUUGUUCGACAAGCAGCUGUGUGCACGGCAGCAGAGACUGAAGUACAUCUCUCAAACAAAUAAACUUCAUUGUGAAAAGAAGCCAGUGUAUGGACAGGACUUGUGUGAUGCUGUUAACAUUUUCAAGGACCCGUUCUCAAGCAAAAUGUACAAGCACAGAGACUUGAGCAAGUGGCACGGCCUAGGUCAUAUACAUUGCCAUUGUGCUAAAUUGUGCCACAAUCCUUCACACCCAAAAUAUAUAUGGAACCAAACUGCCGUGCUUUCAGACAUUAUUCACACUCCAGAACAAUACUUAAAGGAAUUGGAAGAUAUUGUUGAAAGGUUUGUGUUUGCCACCCCGCCUGUGCAAUCUACACGGAUACAGAUGCAUGUGUCCCACCCACCACCUUCUUUCCUACAAGAGCAAUCCAGGAGGGUAUCUGUGCUCCGAAAAGAGCUCUCUCCAAAGACUGCCAACUACCACAAAAUCAGUACAAAGAUGACAGUCCAGUUUCCAGAACUUCGGCUCAUUCAGUAUGAUUGUGGUAAACUUCAGACACUGGAUAUAUUGUUGCAUCGGUUGAAGACUGGAGACCACCGUGUGUUGAUCUUCACCCAGAUGACCCGCAUGUUGGACAUCCUGGAAGCCUUCUUGAAUUACCAUGGACACCGCUACCUCAGACUGGAUGGUACAACCAAAAUAGAACAAAGACAGCAAUUGAUGGACCGCUUCAAUGCAGACCGUCGUAUAUUCUGUUUUAUCCUGUCCACACGUUCUGGUGGUAUAGGAGUGAACCUAACUGGUGCUGAUACUGUGAUAUUUUACGACAGUGACUGGAACCCUACCAUGGAUGCCCAGGCACAAGAUAGGUGUCAUCGUAUUGGGCAGACGAGGGAUGUGCACAUAUACAGGUUGGUGAGUGAGAAAACUGUGGAAGAAAACAUCUUGAAGAAAGCCAACCAGAAACGCAUGCUUGGAGACAUGGCCAUUGAGGGAGGCAAUUUUACCACGGCUUUUUUCAAACAGAACACCAUCUCCGAGCUGUUUGCCACUCCCUCGGGUCUGGACUCACUGGUGAAGGAGAAGGAGCAGGAGGAGAUUGAGAAAAAGGAGCGCGCAACUCGAGCCCAGCGCAGGCAGGAACAGAAGGCAGACCCCUCCGAGCAACAGGCACUUGCCCAGUUUGAGAAGGCCCUGACCCAGACUGAGGAGGAGACAGAUGCUGUUGCUGUAGACCAGGUGAAGGCCGAACAGAAGGAUGAGCUGGCAGAGUUUGAUGAGAACAUUCCCUGGGAGGAGGGGGAGAGGAGGGAGGAGGGGGAGUCACAUGUGGAGCAGGAACUGGCCAUGCUGGAUAAGGAGUUGACUCCUAUAGAGCGAUAUGCUGUCCAGUUCACAGAACAGAUGAUGGAACCAGUCAAUGAAGAGGAGCUGAAAAUUGCAGAGGACGACAUUGAAGCUAUCAAGAAGGACUGGGAGCUCAACCGGCUGAAAGCCUUGAAGGAGGAGGAAGAAAAGAGGGCAGAAAUGGAAGAAGACGAGAUGCUGUAUACAUACAGCAGAGAUGAUGCCUACCAACAGGUUUUCCUGGCUGAUCUGGAUCUUGAACAAAUGCCUAUGUGGUCUCCGCCCACUCCACCGCAUGAUGACAAUGAUGUGUACAUCGACCAGACCAUGUUCUUCCUGUAUGAACAUGUAGUGAUGCCCGAAACACAACUACCUCCUAUCUACGUGAAAAAGGAACGCAAGAAGAUCAAAGUAGAAGCCAUUACAACCCGAAAGCAGAAACAGAAGCGAGAGGAGCAGCCUCGGGUUCCCCGGUCCCUGUUUGAUCGUGCCAACCAGCAGCUGCUGCGUAUGCGCCGUGACGCAAAGAUGCAGAAGAUGAAGCUGGGCACCCUGAAGCCCUACCGCCCGAUGCCCAGCCUGCCUCCCAAGCCUCUCAUGGAGCAGGCACCCGACCACCCUGAGUGGCUCAUACAUGAGGACUGGGCUCUGCUGCAGGCAGUUCAGAGCUACUUUGAUGUUCCUUUAAACCUGAUGGUAGUGAAUCCGGCUCACACACCAAACUGGGACCUGGUAGCUGAUGUUGUCAACAGCUGCAGUCGUGUGUACCGAUCUGCAAAACAGUGUCGCCAUAGAUACGAAAGUGUCAUCAUACCCAGAGAAGAAGGCAGAAUGAUGUUUGACAUGACCCCUCGCAAACAAAGGAAACAGAAGGGAAUAUACAAAAUGACGAAAGGUAACCGAGCCAUGAAGACUGGUCAGAUUCACAGUCAGGAUAAUAACAACGGCAUGACAAUCCUGUACUCCCUCCGCUUUGACUCGUCCAAGAGUAUAGCUGCCAAGCGGCCGCCCUCGAUGCGUCAGACCCUGGUGAACCCGACACUGAAGAACCCGAAGCAUGCGAGUGUCCUUCAGGAGAACAACAUUCUGUAUGACCAGCCUAUGAACCCCAUGCAGGUGGCUGAGAUAAGGGCCCAGAGAAUUCAGAGGGAGAAGAAAGAAAACCAGUCUAGGGCUCAAGCAGCAGCUGCAGCGGCGGCCACGGAGCAAGCCACAGCAGCCACCACACCCCAGAGGCCCACCCAGACCGUGCUAACAGUUACCCAGGGGGCAGCACCCACCAUUGUAUCCAUGACAACUGCAGUGGCCACACAGCUGGCUGCCAUCGGUACAUCAGCUGGAACUGCAGCCACUGUCCUGACUGUUACGGGGAAUCCGCUUGCCCAGGCAGCUCUGCGAGGUAGAGUACAGGAGAUCACAGGUGCCACAAGUGUGAUUGGGCAGGUAACCAUGGCGUCCCAGGUGCGAGCCCAGCUCCAGCAGGUGGUUACUACUGCUGUUCCCACCUCACUGACCCAUGUGCAGCUGGCGCAGAGAAUCACCCCGGCAACCACUCUCACUGCUGGAGCCACAGUUCAGCAGCAGCUACAGGCAGGUGGGCACACCUUUCUCCCACAACAGAUGGCUAUCUUGCAGCAGCAGACCCUGCUAAGACAGAAGACGGGCCAGCUCGUGGUUCCACAGCGCACUGUACAGAAAGCUGCUAAUGUGAUUGACCCAAGACAACAACAGCAACAACAACAGCAGCUGAAGCAGAUCAAGACUCCGCUGGCCCUUCCUGCCCAAAAGACUGUGAUCACUCAGCAAUUGGUCACCAGCAACCUGCCACAGGCUGGUCAGUUGAAGGGACCUGCCACAUUCAACCGCCCGGUCAGCCUGACCCCAGAAGGGUAUAACCGACUGAAACAGCAGCAGCAGCAAUUGGUGCAGCAGAAGCUGCCUGUGGGGACAUCCGUGGCUCAGAUUCAGCAGGCAAGUCAGAUCCUGACUGGUUCCCAUUUGCAGCAGGUGGGACAGGGUUUAAAGGUUACAAUGGCCCAGGGAGCGGGGGCUACCCUUGUGAAGACUGUGACCGCACAAGCUGGAGUCACAAUACCCGUCUCCAAUGUGAGCAUAAAUGUCAGCGUGCCAACAAAACCUGGAGCUGCAAAGCAGAUAAAUCAACCAAUGGCCUUAAUCCAGCAGCAGAAUAGAAAGCCAGGAGUCACACAGAAAGGUCUGCAACAGAAGCCUGGUCCCCCGUUGCUGGGUGCAGUGCAGAUCAUUCAGCAGUCGGGUCCAGGUCGUCUGACGGUGCAGCAGCUGCAGCAGCUUAUGAAGCAGAACCAGCAGAUGAUCCACACGUCCCAGCCCACCAUCAUAGCCUCCGUGACCCAGCAGGGGGUGCAGGCAGCCAGCCAGCUGCCAAAGGUCAUUGCCACCUCAGCUACCAUCCAGCCCACUCAGAUACAGCAGGUUGUUGGGGGCUCAGGGCUUGUGGCUGCCAGUGGGGCCAGUGGCUCCAUGGUCACUGUCCCUGUCCAGUUAACGUCUCUCAAUCAGGGCCAGUCACCCUUGACAGCCGUUGUGAAACCUGCGGGUGGUGUGGAAGGGGCCACCACUGUUCAGAUCCACCCCUCAUCACUGUCCCAGAGCAAGCUUACAAGUGUUCCCCAGAAUGUUGUAGUGACGGCUGUUCAGCAUGCUGUUACAUCACAUAGCCACUUGCCAGCUGCCUCCCAGGUGGUGGUGUCAGGGACCACAGCUUCUGGGCAGACACUACAGGUGACUGUGCCAGCGUCAUCUCUGAUGCAGAGUCCCCCCCAUCCAGGGAGUAUGCCUCAUGUAACUGUGCAGGGGACCAGGGCAGUGUCUGCCUCCCCAUCCCCUGUCACCAGCGUCACACUGACUCCUAAAGCAGCAGCAUUGGGUUCCCCUGCCACGGCCACUUACACUGCCACACCUAUAACUAUUAGUGCGGCAUCAAGCCAGUCUAGCGGGGAGCAGGUGACCAUUCUUCAGCGCCAGCCCAGUGGUACCACAGUGCACAUACAGCAGGUUCCGUCCCAGCCUGGCAGUCAGACCAUACAGAUUCAGUCCCAGGUCCAGUCAGCACCUGGGGGCCAGGUGGCCUCACCACAGCAGGGCAAGACUGCAUACAGCAUGAGGACCAGGAACCAGUCGAAACCACAGUAGUGUGGCGUGCAGAGGGGACCAGUCUUAACCACUAGUGUGGGGUGUCGAAACCAGUUGUAUUGCGUUAAGGGGGAACCAGUCCAAACCACAGAAGAACGGGGUAAAGGGGAGACAGUCUAAGCUACCUUGUUGAAGUGAAUGUAAAACAAGUUCAAAUGUAGUAUUUAGAGUGAAGAUGGAGCCAGUCUAAACCCAGCAAGAGUAAUAGGAACCAUUCCAAACCUCAGACUUUGGUGCGGGCAAAUGGGGGGAACCAGUCACAACCACCCAAGUGAGGACUGGGAAUCAAUACAAAUACCAGCAGUUGGGUCGGGUUAUUAUGGAACUGGUCCAAAUCCCAUCUUCUGUAUUGCUGUAUAAGUUGUUGCUCAUAUAUUAAUGUGAGGUGUUCAGGAUUUAAUGAUAGUUCAAUGAACACUUAAGAUAUUGAGUUUUAAUAGACUUUUCUAACAACAUACAGUGGCGAUUGUAACGAUUAUCAGGCAGCUAGCAUUUUGAUUUAUACUGGUGUUUUGUGAAGUAUUAGUAAAUCUAUAUUGUUAACAUAUAUAUUUGUGUAAUACUUACUCCAACUGUUAUAAAACAAUGGUUUAAUUAAAUUCUUUAUAUAAAAACAAGCAGGAAAAUUACAUUACAGGCUAUAUCAUAUCGUGUAAUGGUUAUGAAAUAAGGGUUCACGCUUUACAUUUUAUUUUUCCUCUCUUCAAAGAAGAGGGGGUAAAUUGAUUUGCUGGAUGUCGGUCGGUCUGUCUGUCGGUAGACCAGUUCGUUUCAGAUCAAAAACUCGUCAAUGAAUUGACCCAUUGUAUUGAUACUUCACAUGUGCAUUGGCCUUGGACAGUAGAUGACCCCUAUUGAAAUGAGGUAAAAGGUCACUGUCACAAUAAGUGAAUUGUUUCCGAUCAAUAACUCGUCAACACUUCAUAUUUGAUUGGCCUUGGACGGUAAAUGACCCCUAUUGAAAUUGGGGUCACUCGGUCAAAGGUCACUGUCACAAUAAGUGUGGAAAUUGUUUCUGAUUAAUAACUCGUUACCAAAUUGAACCAUUGGCUUUAUACUUCCCAUGUGCAUUGGGCUUGAACAGUAGAUGACCCCUAUUGAAAUUGGGGUUAAAGGUCAUGGUCACUGUCACAAUAAGUAGGAAAAUCGUUUCUGAUCAAUAACGUGCAACCAAUUCACCUAUUGGCUUAAUACUUCCCAUGUGCAUUGGCCUUGGAUAGUAGAUUAUCACUUGAAAUUUAGGUCAAAGGUUAAGGUCACAAUAAGUGUGAACAUUGUUUCCGAUCAAUAACUCGUCAACGAAUUGACCGAUUGGCUUAAUACUUCAUAUGUGCAUUGGCCUAGGACAGUAUAUGACCCCUAUUGAAAUUGGGGUCACUUAUUCAAAGCCCUGUUUGGGGAGGGUGGCAUGUGUCUCUGACUGCGGAACUCUUGUUAUUUAGUAUCUGGUUCAUGCUAUACAGUAUUAUCUGCAUAAAAUGUUAUGUACAAGAAAUAAUGGUUUAAUGUGU